AUGUCAUUACACCACUUAUCCUCGCCGACCAGUCAGUCACCUGCCUCCCCACCCACCUCAUUGGUUCCAGGCCCAUCCCAUCUCCGCCCACAGUGUAAGGCAGGGGAACAAAUUUUUCUAUGGUGGGGCACAAAUUCUCCACCCCCUUCGACUAUCGACAAUCCGGUCAUUCGCCACAUAGCCAGUCUAGCGAGCCGCACAUCACUUCGGGACACCACCAGCUACGGAGCUGGGCUGCAAAAAUUUCACCUUUUUUGUGACAUAUUCUCGAUUCCAGAAGCAGACCAUCCCCAGCCUGGCGAUUCAAUUUUGUCCAUCAGCAGCAGCACACCUUUCGAACCAGUCUCCGUGGGCGUCGUACAAAAAUAUUUGUCAGCAGUGCGUGCCUGGCACAUUGCCCAGGGCUGGCCUCCCCCACUCUCCAAAUCCCAUCACGACUGCAUCAAUUGGUCCUUGCACGGCCUGGAGAACAUUCAAAUUAGCCGUCGAAGGCCCCUCAGGCCACCCGUCAUGCUAUCAAUGCUGGCGGCUCUCAAAGCCACACUCGUUCUGUCAGACCCCUUUGAUGCUUGUGUUUGGGCAAUAGUGUCAUGUGCCUUCUUUGGCAUGAUGUGGUUCAGCAAAGUUUCCGUCACUUCUCAAGCAGCCUUUACCCCUUCCAAGUACCUCACCCGUGCGCACGCAUUCUUUGGUGUUGAUUUGCUGGGCAGCCCUUACGCCUGUCUCGACCUGCCAUCCGCCAAAACUGCACGGGCAGGGGAAAUUCAAUCAGUAUUUCUCAACAAGCAGGGGGACUUAUGCCCCCUAGCAGCCCUGUGCAACCUGGCACAGGUUGUUCCUGCCCUCGCCGACGACCCCCUAUUCUCGUGGCGAGACAGUAGAGGCGACAUUCACCCGAUGGCGAAGGUUCAGGCCCUAGAACGCAUCAAUUCCAUCCUGAUAGCGUGGGGAUGGGGCACAUCCUUCGGGCACUCCUUCCGCAUAGGCGGUGCAUCCUUUUACCUAGCUAAGAAGAUUGACCCGGAGAUAGUGUGA